GGAAGAGGAGGUCGUAACGCUUUAGUGGAGGGACCUGCGGUGGAAAUAGAUCCUGUGGGGGACGCCCGUGGACGGCGUCUGAGUUUUCAGGCCACCAUGAACCGGCUCCAGGAUGACUAUGACCCCUACACAGUUGAAGAGCCUAGCGAUGAGGAGCCGGCUUUGAGCAGUUCUGAAGAUGAAGUGGAUGUGCUUUUACAUGGAACUCCUGACCAAAAACGAAAACUCAUCAGAGAAUGUCUUACUGGAGAAAGUGAAUCAUCUAGCGAAGAUGAAUUUGAAAAAGAAAUGGAAGCUGAAUUAAAUUCCACUAUAAAAACAAUGGAGGGCAAAUUAUCCUCCCUGGAUACAGGGUCUUCCUCAGGAAAUGGGAAAGCUGGAACAGCUCUGACAAAGUACUAUGAUGACAUAUAUUUUGAUUCCGAUUCUGACGAUGAAGACAAAGCAGCACAGGUGACCAAGAAAAAGAAGAAGACACAACGCAGGAUCCCAACAAAUGAUGAAUUACUGUACGAUCCUGAAAAAGAUGACAGAGAUCAGGCCUGGGUCGAUGCACGGAGAAGAGGCUACCAUGGUUUUGGAAGACAGAGGGCACAUCAACAACAGCCUGUUCCAAAUAGUGAUGCUGUCUUGAACUGCCCUGCCUGCAUGACCACGUUGUGUCUAGAUUGCCAAAGGCAUGAAUCAUACAAAACUCAGUAUAGAGCAAUGUUUGUGAUGAAUUGCACUGUCAACAAAGAGGAGGUUCUAAGAUACAAAACCCCAGAGGAUAAGAAGAAAAAGCGAGGCCGUAAGAAGAUGCGGUCUGACCGUGAGGAUGCUCCAGAGCAGGCAGAGACAGGAGUGGAAGAAAUCUAUCACCCGGUUAUGUGCACCGAGUGUUCCACCGAAGUGGCAGUCUAUGACAAGGACGAAGUCUUUCACUUUUUCAACGUUUUAGCAAGCCAUUCCUAAAUAGCUAAGUGGGCAUUUCAUUGCCCAAUACUGUAAAUAAGGCAAAUGUGGACAGUUAUUUUCCUCUUGCCGAUUCAUAGCAAGUGACAUUCUGAGUGGUUGGAGAAGCAGUGUUUUAUUCUUUUUGUAAGAGAAUGGUUACCAACCUUCAUCCCUCCCCCUUCUCUAAAAAAAACUAGUCUCAGCUCUAUUGGGACUAAUUAUUCAUUCCCUUUUUGUGGCCAUUGGAAACUUGGGGCUUUUUAUUUAUUAAAGCUCUUUAGAAUUAAAAUGUUCUGGAGUUAUAAGUAA